AUGGCAUCUCAUCACUCUCUUCUUGCUUCUGCUGCGAUCGUAACUACCUUCUCCAUUUGUCUUCUUUACAGCUUAUCUAUCACUGCGGAGGCUGUUAAUGGCGGCUUCAGCGUGGAUCUCAUCCACCGCAAUUCCCCACUCUCUCCCUUCUACGACCCUUCAGAGACUCCUUUGCAGUGCGUAGCAAACGCUUUGCGGUGUUCCAUUACCCGCGUCAAUCAUUUCCAGCCAACUUCUUCUUCACUCUCUCCCAAUGAAUUAAUUCGAUCAGAAAUAGUUGCAGUCAGAGGCGAAUACCUCAUGAAAUACUCUGUCGGCACGCCGCCGGUCCCCGUCCUUGGCGUCGCUGACACCGGCAGUGAUCUCAUUUGGUUGCAGUGCGAGCCUUGCACCAACUAUUACAACCAAACAGACCCGCUUUUUGACCUUGCCGAGUCGAAAACAUACAAAAACGUUUCUUGCAGUGCAAGCGAAUGCCAGUCCUUCCAGGGAGAUCUUGCUUUUGACACUCUCACGCUGGAAUCGACUGCAAGCGUCCCUGUGUCUCUUCGUAAUAUCGUCGUAGGCUGUGGACACAACAAUGCCGGAACCUUCAAUAACAAAGGCUCCAGCAUCGUCGGCUUUGGGCGCGGCGAAGUUUCCCCCCGUUUCCCAACUGGGUUCUUCCAUUGCAAAUUGAGUUUUGGUCGUGAUGUGGUGGUUUCUGGGCCUGGAGCCGUUUCUACUGGCUUGGGCCCAAAAGGGCCGGAUACGAAUUUCUACUUUCUAACACUGGAGGCAAUGAGCGUCGGCAAUAAAAGAUUGGAGUUUGACGAUUCUUCCCCCUUCGAAGACUCAGAGGGAAACAUUGUAAUUGAUUCGGGCACCACAUUAACGCUAUUUUCAGAAGAUUUCUACUCCAGGUUUGAAGCGGCAGUGGCAGAAGAGAUUGAUCUGGAACGCGUUGACGAUCCCAUUCAAGUGCUAAGUCUUUGCUACAAGUCGGCGUCGGAUGAUAUAGGGGCUCCGAAUAUCACAGUGCAUUUCAGGGACGCCGACGUGAAGCUGAAUCCGGUGAACACCUUCUUGAGAGUAAGCGAGGAACUUUUGUGCUUCGCUUUCCUUGCUAGUGAAAGAAUCUACAUCUUUGGUAACGUGGCACAAUUGAACUUCUUGGUGGGUUAUGACAGCGAGGCCAAUACUGUGUCCUUUAAGCCAACUGAUUGCAUAAGCCUCUAA